AUGCACGAGCUGCUCCUCUUUGCCUCAGUCCCCGAGCAUCAGCAUCAUGAACUCCUUCAGCAGCUGGCGGGCCUGACCGCCAUGCAGCCCCGACACCGUCUGGAGAGGCAUCUGGUCUUCAAAGCCCAUCGCCCGCCAGGUCGGGCCGAUACACGCGUCGGCGGCAGUCAGGAACUGCAAGGGUCUGAGGUGCAGCGCUUGAGCAAGAUGCUCACCGGUGUCUUGUUCUACACGAAGGUGGUUGGCCCCGUUGCCGAAAGUGACUUUGGCGCGCCCCCGUUCUCGAUCUCGACACCGCAGGGCUAUGACUUCGACAGCCAGCCGUGGAGGUUGGAGUUCAGAGAUAUCCCCGAGGCAGGAACUCGCACCCCGGUCACGGCACGGUUGAUGGCCAAUGCCAGUCUUCCGCAAGGGGACGUGAUUCCUCCUAUGGAUGCCUGGGGUUACAGUUUUGUCACGGAGUAUGUCGUCGAGGGAGAUGUGUUUAUCUACAAUGACAUUGUCCUCUUCUUGCAUCGGGUGCUCAACUUCCCAGCCGACAACCAUGACCCAAGGGUACCUCGAAGGUCACUGCCGCCUUUGGAAAAGAUGUCUCUCUUAGAUCAGAGCGGAAGCUAUGUUCUCCAGGCUGCUGUCACCGUCCAAGACGGCAGCAAUCAGGAAACCAUGAAAAUAGCCACUCAGCAACUGUUUAAUUUGAAAGACCAGUUAAAGACAGCGGUUAAGCUAGAGCCGGCGGACAGACUCUCCCUGGAUACACGAGUUAAAUAA